GCGGUGGCGGAGGCGGUGGCGGCGGAGGCGGCGGCGGCAGCAACAGCAACAGCAGAAGUAGUCGUGGAGGCUGGCGCCUCCGCUGCCCACUUCGCCCAGUCUAGACCAAGCUCAGCGGCCUCCAGACAUGGAUCGGCGGGAGAGCCGGAGAUGGUACUCCGCCGUCGCGCCUUCUUUUUCGCGGUGAUCCGCCGUGGCCCGCCCAUUUCCUCGUCAGUGUUGGGGCCUUCCUGGCCCUCCUCACACCCUCCCGGGACUGGCGAUCGGGACAUGGUCGGGGAGGUCUAGCGAAGCCGUCAGCGGAGCAACAUGAACCGAGAAGACCGGAAUGCGCUGCGUAUCAAAGAAAGAGAGAGACGUAAUCAAGAAAUUCAACAGGGUGAAGAAACCUUUCCACCUAACUCUCCUCUCUUUGCUGAACCAUAUAAAGUUACCAGCAAAGAAGAUAAAUUGUCUAGUCGUAUUCAAAGCAUGCUUGGAAAUUAUGAUGAAAUGAAUGAUCUUAUAGGUGACCGGUCCCUCCAGAAGAUUGUUGGAAUUCCCAAACCAACAGUACCUUCAAACCCAGAUGAAAAAUCCAACCAAAGUUUCUUUGGUGAUCAGAGGCACAGUACUAGUUCUCAUCAGAACAGCAAAUGGACACCUGUUGGUCCUGCACCUAGCACAUCUUCCCAAUCACAGAAGCGGUCCUCAGGUUUACAGAGUGGACAUGCUGGCCAGCGUAGCAGUGGCAAUAGCACUAGUAACAGUGGGCAGAGGCAUGAUCGUGACUCAUAUGGCAGCAGUGGGAGUAGCAGUAGCCGUAAAAAGACACAGCAUGGAUCUGAACAUUCAAAGUCCCGUUCUUCCAGCCCUGGAAAACCACCUGCAGUUUCUUCUCUGAACCCCAGUCAUUCGAGGUCUCAUGGAAAUGAGCAUCACAGCAAGGAACAUCAGCGCUCCAAAUCUCCACGAGACCCUGAUGCCAACUGGGACUCUCCUUCCCGUGUAACUUCAUUUUCUAGUGGUAGCCAGUCUUUCCCUCCAUCACUUAUGUCAAAAUCAAAUACAAUGUUACAGAAGCCUACUGCCUAUGUUAGGCCUAUGGAUGGUCAAGAGUCCAUGGAACCAAAGCUAUCUUCUGAACACUACAGUAGCCAGACUCACAGCAACAGUAUGAAUGAGUUGAAGCUUAGCAGCAAAGCACAUCUAACAAAGCUGAAAAUACCUUCCCAGCCACUGGAUGCAUCAGCAUCUGGUGACAUGAGCAGUGUGGAUGAAAUUCUAAAAGAGAUGACUCAUAUUUGGCCACCUCCAUUGACUGCUAUUCACACACCUUGCAAAACUGAACCUUCAAAGUUUCCAUUCCCAACAAAGGAAACUCAACAGUCCAAUUUUGGAACUGGUGAACAAAAAAGAUACAAUUCUUCAACAAAAACUUCAAACGGCCACCAGUCUAAAUCAUGUGAAUCGAACCAGACAGAUGUUCUGAUAAAUGACUUGAAACUCAGCAGCAGUGAAGACAGUGAUGGUGAACAGGACUCUGUCAAGACUGUGCCAAGAGGUACACCUGGAAGUAACUCUGAACCUUCCCAGCAUACAAGUGAAGGGGCAGAUAAUUCUAGGGAUGACUCAAGCAGCCAUAGUGGAUCUGAAAGCAGUUCUGGUUCAGACUCAGAGAGUGAAAGUAGUUCUAGUGACAGUGAGGCUAAUGAGCCAUCACAGAGUGCAUCUCCUGAGCCAGAGCCACCUCCAACGAACAAGUGGCAGCUUGACAACUGGCUAAACAAGGUGAAUCCACAUAAAGUGUCACCAGCUUCUUCUGUGGACAGUAACAUCCCAUCAACACAAGGCUACAAAAAAGAAGGUAGAGAUCAGAGCACAGGAAGUGGAUAUACAGAUCAAAGUGGCUCUAAAGAUUCCAUUUCCUCCACUCCUGGAAGAGAUUCAAAAGCCAGCCAGAAAGGAUCAGAGAGCAGUCGUGGCAGACAAAAGUCACCUGCUCAGAGUGACAGCAUGACGCAGAGGAGGACUGUGGGUAAAAAGCAGCCCAAAAAGGCUGAAAAACCUUCUGUGGAAGAGCCCAGAGGGGGCCUGAAAAUAGAAAGUGAAACUCCAUUGGAUAUGGCAACAAAUAUGCCCUCAAAUAGACACAAGGCAGCCACAAAAGGCUCCAGAAAGCCCAACAUAAAGAAGGAGCCCAAGUCUUCCCCUCGUCCUACAACAGAGAAAAAGAAAUGCAAGGUUGCAAACAAAUCCACCCAGAAGUCUAAGGAAUUUAUAGAAACAGAUGCAUCAUCUUCUGAUUCUGAUGAAAAUGAGAGCCUUCCUCCUUCAUCACAAACUCCCAAAUAUUCUGAGAGCAAUAGGACUCCUGUUAAACCCUCCAUGGAGGAGGAUGACAGCUUUUUACGGCAAAGAAUGUUCUCUCCUAUGGAAGAGAAGGAACUCCUUUCACCACUUAGUGAUCCUGAUGAAAGGUAUCCCCUUAUUGUGAAGAUUGACUUGAGCCUCUUAACCAGAAUACCAGGGAAGCCUUACAAAGACACAGAUGUGUCAAAAGUUGAGAGGAAAAAUGUGUCCGAGAAGCAUCCAAGGGAGCCCCAGAAAACUUCUUCUGACAAAAGCUCCAACAAGGGCAAGAGGAAGCAUAAGAUAUGUCAGAAUGCAGAAGAAAGUAGAGGCACUGAAAGCAAGAAAGCUAAACUGGAAGAAAAGCCUUCUUCAGUCCACAAGACUUCCAGUAAUAGAGAGUCAUCAAAGCAAAGUGCUGUUAAAGAGAAAGAUCUUCUCCCAUCUCCAGCCACAACUCCAGUUGUCCAGAAAGAUUCAAAACAAGAGCAUGGGUCUCGGAAGAGAACCAUCAGUCAGUCUUCUUCUUUGAAAUCAAGUACUAACAGUAAUAAGGAGAGUAGCAGCAGUAAGAGUAGCUCAUCUAAACAAAAGAAGACUGAAGGGAAGACAUCAAGUAAUAUUAAAGAAGUUAAGGAAAAGGGUUUAAAUAUUUCUUCAAACUGCCCUUCUGUGUCAUCUACAACUGCAGAGAACUCAAAAUCCCGGAGAGCAAAACUAAUAUUUGAUGACAGGACUUACUCAGCAGAUCACUACUUGCAAGAAGCAAAAAAGUUAAAGCAUAAUGCUGAUGCAUUGUCUGAUAGGUUUGAGAAAGCUGUGUACUACCUUGAUGCUGUAGUAUCAUUCAUUGAAUGUGGGAAUGCAUUGGAGAAAAAUGCUCAGGAAUCAAAGUCCCCGUUUCCUAUGUAUUCCGAAACUGUGGAGUUGAUAAAGUACACCAUGAAACUGAAGAAUUAUUCAGCACUGGAUGCAACUGCUGCAGACAAAAGGCUAGCAGUGCUGUGUCUCAGAUGUCAAUCCCUGUUAUACUUAAGACUUUUCAAGCUGAAGAAAGAGAGUGCAUUGAAGUACUCCAAGACACUGACCGAACAUCUAAAGAAUUCUUAUAACAAUUCUCAAGCACCGUCACCUGGUAUGGGAAGCAAACCUGUCAGCAUGCCAUCUCCAGUCUCUCCAAAGUUGUCUCCAGGGAAUUCAGGAAAUUACUCUUCAGGGUCAACUAUCCCUUCAGGGAGCACUUCUUCAGUAACUAUUCCACAGAGGAUACACCAGAUGGCAGCCAGCUACGUCCAGGUUACUUCCAAUUUUCUGUAUGCCACUGAAAUUUGGGACCAAGCAGAUCAGCUUGCCAGAGAGCAAAAGGAAUUCUUUACUGAAUUGGAUAAAGUGAUGGGCCCUCUUAUCUUUAAUGCAAGUGUCAUGACAGACCUAGUACGUUACACCAGACAGGGACUGCAUUGGUUGCGUUUGGAUGCCAAGUGAUAACUGGACUGAAGAAACCUAAAGCAUAGAAGAUACUUUUCUUGCUGCCUCUGAUUUUUUUCAACACUGUGUCAUAAAAAUAAGGAAGACUGCCAUAAUGCAUUGCUUAGUGAAAGCUAAAAUUAAGGAAUGUUUUCAUGUGUCUCCCAGCAUCAUGUAUGUGAGAACUUCCAAACCAUCAUGUUAAUGAACUUUUCUCAGUUGUCCCAUUUUAAAGAUAUUUAAAAAUAGUUUAAUCUCUGCAUCAUUUUAAUAUAUGAUGGAUUCAUUGCGCUGCAAUUGGAUUGGAAUUCUAGUAACUAUGCCUAACAAAUCUCUUUUAAAACUUAUUUAUUUUAAUUUGUUUUUGAAAGGUCUAUUUUGGACGCUGUUAAGAGUUAGCUCUUUUUCCUAUAAAUUUUACCCAAUCAAGUACCUAGUGAAGAUUAAAUGUAGACACUUUAUUUAAGUAUUUUGUGAGCUUUGUUAUUCUGUAAUGUCUUGUGGUGGUAGAGCUUGUAAGAGAAAGUCAGGGUUGAUAGAUUCUAAACUGUAGGGAGAAAUUUUCAUGAAUAUUUCAGUCAACCCCUAAAUGACAGCCACUGUUUUACUAUUGUACUAAGUUGCAAGGAUACUCUUCUAUAUAUUAAGCCAUUGUAUUUAAGUGAAAUAUGAAAAGAUCCAUAUGGAAAAUAGCUUCAGAACAAAUGUCUUAACACUAAUAAUCACAGAACAUUACAAGAAGUUGCAUUUAAUGCAGUAUUAAAGUGAUAUGGGUCACAAAGAGCUUCAGUCUCGAAGGACAGACUAGGAAUGGUGUGAAAUGGACAAUCUUGUGCUUUGGUGCAGCUUCUUCAUUUCCUUGCUUUUUGUUGUUUGAAGCUACUAACUUUAACUCCUCAGUGAAACUGAUGUGCUUAAUCAGAAAAUAUGAGUAGUGACUAGCAUCUGUGUUUUCUUUCAGACAGGAUUACUCAGUGGGCAACAUAGGGUAGAGUGUAGAGCUCUGUUUACAGGAACAUUUUAAACCGUUCUGUCCAGCUAAUUUGAAAUCUUGCUUUUACACCAUUUUAAUUGCACCAUGUUAAAUGUUUGUGAUGGGAGCAGAAUGUUUAAUUUUCAUGGAAAUUACUGUGAUCAGCAAGAAUCAUGCAUGGAAUUCUUAAUUCAUUGCUUUAAGGUUACUAACCAAAGUACCUUUCCAUUGAAGGUGCUUAUCUGACUAAAAGAAUAUUGCUUAGCAUCCCUAUCAUGUCUGGUGUGCCUUAUGCCUUUUUAGAUGAAGAUUUUGAAUACUGUUUACAAGAGGUUUUACACAUAGGACCUGGUAUACUGUAUCCAGUUGAUCUCCUGCAGUACUUUGGUAAAAUUUGACUUCCUUUUCCUAAUACUAGUGGCUGUCAUUUGUUGACAAUACACAUUAGUUGUCUUCUUAGAGUCAAACUCUGAACCCCUUCAGUGGGAUUGUGGAAUGCUGCUUUGCCUGCCCUUGUCUCUGAACCCUGCCCCAGAUGUGAUCAUGCAUGUCCAAGGAAAUGAUUGCACUAAAUUUAUGUCUAGCUGUAUAGCUAUGUGCCAAAAUGAUGGCGAGCUUUGAAAGAAGGAAUAGAAUGCUACAUUAAGGAGUACUGCAGUGUGUCCUUGGGACACUGAGAAUUGAGUAGCUUCAUAAAUUAUAGUAAUUUCACUAAACUAUAGCUUGCAUAUUCAUAGAGCCUUGCAUCCUGAUGUUUUAUACUCCUUAGGGAUGCGUGAGUUCAUUCCCUAAUACUUUGGAUCAAAUCAAUUGAAAUUACUACCCUUUGGUUCUACAUUCAAAAUCAGUGAUAUUUACUAUUGCACUCUACCCCACAACAGUACUGAGUGGAAGAAAAUAGGUAGUUACAUCUCUACAUACAUAGGAAGAAAAUAGGUAGCUACAUCUCUGCAUACAAAAAAAGGUGUGUUGCUACUUAAGGGAUAAAAUUAUGCAUCAUAGGAAGUUUUAAUAUGUGCAAGUGAAAUGAUUAAACAAUGAUGAUCAAAUGCAGUGACUGUAUUACAUUGCUACAUAUUCAUGUUUUUUCAUGUUGCUGUUAGGGCCAGCAUGAGCAGCUGCCAUGUGGAACCUUCUUUAGUUUGCACCCUUGGCGAGCAGUUCAUUAUGCACACAGAUUAAGAUAGUUCCAGAUUAUUUUUUUAAAGAAAAAUUGUUUAUAACAGACUUCCAUGAUACAUCUCAUAUAAGUUGGUAGUAUAGAGGUCUCCAUCAUGAGACCCAAUUUUAAACAGGGCACUUUGCCACGGUCCCAAGAGGAACAACAGACUCCAGCUUAGAUCCAGGAGGUAGUUUUCCGAACCUUAACAUUCAGAAGUGCCUGGCACACUUACCACACUGAAGCCUCUAUGCUUUCAGGAGCUAAAUUGCAAGCUCACUUGCUGUGUAGCAUCACUGAGGAAGCUUUUGUACCCAAUUAACAUGGACUGCCAAUUGGAAAAUAUCUCUCUUUUAAAAAGAACAUGGUUUUAAAAACUAUAAUAUUCUAUAUCAGAUUGGAGUUUUGAAAAGCUUCUUCAGAUUAAUCCUAUCCUGAGCAUUUGUAUAUGUAAUAAUUUAUCAAGACCUCUCUAGUUUUAAAGGUCGACCUAAGGUAGUAGGUGUUUUCUGUUGUAUUAUGUGCCUCCAAGAGGGGUGUUCUGUAUGCCCUUAAUAAAUGAGGAGUACCCUUCCUUCCCUAGGAUAAACUAUCAAAAUUCCAACCAGCUAAAUUGGACUCGCCAAAUUUCAUAAAACCAUCUAACUUCAAAUUCCUUUGUCUCUAAAGCGCAUGAAUAAUUUCCCAAGAUUAAUUGUAAAACAAACAUGUCAUAUGAUUCUUUUCUGAAAAGCAAAAAUAAGUUACUAUCCUGAAGCUGCCCUUAAGAAGCAUUGGGUUGGACUUAAAUCAGACUAACUGCUCCCAUUGAUUUAAUUAGAACUAAAGCAUGAUUAGCUUAGUCUGGAUCCCACCUAUUAUAAGUACAGGCAGUCCUUAGGUUACAAAUGAAGCCAUGAAGCCUAUUAAUUUAAAAGGCUUACUGCAUAAAAAUAUCAUCAUAGAAAGAGAGGAAGCAGAAGGGGAGAAGGAAGGCUUCCAAAGCAUCACCAUAGAUAGAGAGGAAGGGAAAGGGCAGAGAGGGAGGCCUCCAAAGCAGGCUUUCCUGUCCUGCCCAUCUGGAGAGGGAAAUCUCACCAGCAUUUCCUUGCUGCAAAGACGAGGCACUGGGCAAGGGUUGGGGUGGGGGGACUAGAGAUAUUUGCAGUUUUUCCACUCUUAUGGGAGUUCUGAGUUGCUAACCCCUGUGAAUGUGGAGGGCCAACUAUAUGUGAUCUGCUUGCAUACAAAUUUGACUUAGAAGAUGAAUUUUCAUUUUCUCAGGAGCAGAACUCAUUUGUAAUCCUGGGACUGCCUGUAUAUCUUGAGUACUAACACAAAUAAAAUUCUUGUCUUCAUUUAAAAGCUCUGGAAUAAUAGAUCCUAAGGGGUUAAUGAUUGUGGAAUAACACAUAUCAGUGUUGCAGUAUAUCCCAGUGAUAAGCCUUUAAAACCGGCUUAAUAGUCAGACUAGAUUUGCUCAGGUGUUCAAGUAAUUUCUGAACUUUUCUCUCAAGCUUGCAGGUUCAUAGGAGAGUAAUUCAUGAAUGGUGGUGAGAGAUCCACCACGGGACUCUGGGUGUUUCACCAGACUGCUGGCAGUGGGUGUGUGAAACAGUAUAGCCCAAGAAGGUACCUGUGUUUCACUUUAUGAGCUAGUGAUGAGGUAGAAACCAAGUGGCAGGUUCCAAACUAAGCAGAAUUCUAAUGGUGGAACCUGUUGAUAAAAUGUGUAGGGACCACUGACCUUGUACACACAUGGCUACUUCAUUUUGUACCUUAAAUGAACAGUCAGGGUACCAGACUGAGAUGGCCCAGCAUGUUCAGUUCAAAAUGAUUUAAAUCUCUUGGCUGUAAAGCAGAGCAAAUAGCUCUUGACCUUUUGACAGCAGUAUGCAAUUUGUAAUAUACGUGUUUCGAAUACAUAUAUCUACAUAAAUAUAUAGAUGAAUGAACUCAAGUCUGUCCAAAGUUCGUUAAUACUUGUGUUAGAUUAUAGUGCAGCUGACUAUAUCAGUAUAUUUAUUGAGUGCUGAGCCAUCCUAAUUUUGGUGAUGGUGAUAAAUUUUGCAUAUUAUGCAGGAGUGCUAUUGGUUUCUUUUAGAUUAUUGAAGCUUGAUUGCUGUGAUUUUAUACAAAGCAACCCCUGUAGUGUGUUUUAAUGAUCAGCCACAGCAGGUAUGGAGUCGAUGCAUAGAAUUGCUUGCCUAAGGCAAGUAAAACACAGCUGUAGGCAGAUUACUAUAUAGUUUGCCAAAUCUGGCAGAUAAUGGGGAAGACUACCUUUGCUAUAUAUAUUAAUAUUUCCUUGCACUGUAAACUCUGCAGUAUUUUUAUUAAAGCAGUUUAAGUGGACCUGAGCAAAUCAAGUUUGAAUACAGUUUACCCAUAGGAAGAGUAAGCGACAUCCAAACCAUAUGGUAGAGUCCUGAAUGGCAAAUAUUUCAUAAAUAUUUGGGUCAAGGACAGAAUGACUUUAAAUUGAGUAGAAAUCAGUAUUGUGGGAAAUGUGGGUUUUCAGUAGCUAAGUUAAUGUUGGAUAUCUUUCAACAUCUUAUAGCCAAAGCUUGUACAAAGCUGAGCUGUGUUAAGCAAUCUCAGCCAUUUCCCAAAAGAUAGAAAUUACAGCUUAACUAUACGGUCAAGGAAUGAUAAUUUUCAUUCUUUUGGAUGGGCACUGGGGUGUUUACAGCAUUUUAAAAUAGCAGUGAUGGGAAGUAGGUUAAUAGCAACAUUGUCAUUGGAAUGAGACCAUCCUGGAAAACCCAAGCUUGUGUCCAAUAUGCCUUCCCCCACCUCCACCUCUUGCCAGUUCAUUGAGUUUUAGGCGAACUCAGCUGAAGACAUUUGAACUGCUGAUUCUGCUCCAGCAAUUAUUAAACAAAUCUAAUGUUGGCUUUGCUUUUCCAUUCCAUCUGUAAAUGUAUUGGCAAAACGUUUGUUUCUGGCAAUGUAACUGUGAACAGAACUGAUAGUGGCAAAUUGGACUCAAAAUGUUUCCUUUUACCUAAUUUGUAAACCAUGUUGGUAUUGCAGCCAGCAUUUCAAGAUGGCUGCAUUAAGAUCUCUGAGAACUUGGCUUCAUGGGCCUCUGCAAGCACAGUUGCUAACAUUUGUAUCUGGCUCCCCUUUUAAAUGGUUUUAAGAAGUUUUGUAUAUGGAGGAUAAAGUGCUUAUAUAUUUAUUAAAGAUCCUUUAUCUUAUUUGAAAUUAUUUGGUAAAGAAUGUUUUUUCUUUUCCUUUGGGGGCAAACAGGUGGGGUGGGGUGGGGGUGGGAGGUUAUUUUUAAUCUUUUAACUUAUCAAUUAAAACCCUUCUUAAGAAUGCCACCUGGUAAUGAUCAUGGCUGGCAGGAUGGCUCUCUGUUGUAUGCUUUGUACAUGACUUGUCCAUGUCUUAUACAUUUUGUUACUUAUCAACAUAUUUAGUCAUUUGUUUUCAACCAAAACUAAACCUUAAACAAAACUGUGAUUUCCCCCCUCCCUUCCUUUGCAAUACAUUUGAAAUUUCAAAAGGGUACUUUGGGGUUCCAAAUUAGGAUUUCUAAGUCAGUAUGUGCAUUUCACGUAUGUUAAUGGUGAGCAAAGUAUUAUAUACUAACUAGAUUUUUUUCCACAUCUGUAUAGUAUAUUCUAUGUAUUUUGUGGUAUUGAGAUUAUAGAAAGUUUAGUGUCUGAAAUAUGCGUUUAAUGUGUAUUUUUAAACAAAUUUAUGGCAAUUAAAUAUUUGGAGAAAAGGGUAUCACAUUUCAAUUUGUAAAGAUCUUUUUAACUACUGUGUCAUUAAAAUGCUUUGUACAAUGCAGAACUGUAACUGGAGAAACUAAGUUUAAUAAAUAUCAAAUAGAUUUUCUGUAUUAAACAUUA